AUGACCUUUUACAACAUCAGCUACACAAUGAAAGUGAAGACAGGCAACUUUGGCUUCCGAAAAACCACUCAAAAAGAGAUUUUAACAGAUAUCAGCGGCAUCAUGAAACCUGGUCUCAAUGCAAUUUUAGGGCCCACAGGAUCUGGCAAAUCAUCCUUAUUAGAUAUUUUAGCUACAAGGAAAGAUCCUCGUGGAUUGACCGGAGAGAUUUUGAUCAAUGGGUACCCUCAGCCUCCAAAGUUUAAAUGUAUGUCCGGAUAUGUAGUACAGGAGGAUAUAGUGAUGGGAACCUUGACGGUGAGAGAAAAUCUAGAGUUCUCAGCAGCGCUUCGGCUGCCUUCUUCUAUGAGCUCCCAGGAGAAGAAGGAGAGAGUUGACCAGAUCAUUAUGGAACUGGAUUUGACUAAAGUUGCAGAUGCCAAGGUUGGCACUCUGUUUACGCGUGGAAUAUCUGGCGGUGAGAAGAAAAGGGUCUGUAUUGGACUAGAGCUUAUCACAGACCCUCCAAUAUUGUUUUUAGAUGAACCAACGACUGGAUUGGAUUCCAGCACAGCCAAUGGUGUCAUGGAGCUCCUAAAAAGGAUGUCGGUGAGAAGGAAAACAAUAAUUUUUUCCAUUCAUCAGCCUCGGUACUCUAUUUUCAAGUUGUUUGACAGUGUGACGUUACUUGCCGCAGGAAGACUUGUGUAUCAUGGCCUGGUUGACAAAGUUCUGCCAUACUUCUUAUCUCUUGGUUUUGUCUGUGAAGCAUAUAACAAUCCUGCAGAUUUUUUGAUGGAUAUCAUUAAUGGAGACUCUACUGCUGCUGCAGCUAGUAGAAUUGACUUCAACACUGCAGACCUGAAAAAGCCUGGAGAAGCGGAGACUGAGAGUAUCGCAGAAAAGUUAGCCAAACAGUAUUCUCAGUCUGCUCAGUGCAUAGAGAUGGAAGAGGAAUUAAAGCAGCUGUCUUUAGAGAAUAAAAAAAGAAAGACGUCUUACCUUCUUAUUCCGUACUCCACCUCCUUCUUCCACCAGCUCCAGUGGGUGUCCAAGCGCACGUUUAAAAAUCUGAUAGGCAAUCCACAAAACUCUACAGCUCAGAUCUUUAUUACAACUGUUCUGGGAAUAAUCAUUGGACUUAUUUUUGCACGUGUUAAAAAUGAUGUCACUGGCAUUCAGAACAGAGUUGGAGUUUUAUUCUUCUUGACAACCAAUCAGUGUUUGAAUAGUGUUACUACAGUUGAACUUUUUAUCACGGAGAAAAGGAUUUUUAUGCAUGAAUACAUAAGUGGCUACUACAGAGUGUCUGCAUAUUUCUUCUCAAAGAUAAUAGCUGACAUGAUACCCAUGAGGACUUUACCUGGAAUCAUCUUCACCUGUUUAAAUUAUUUCAUAAUAGGAUUCAAGCCUACUGCACAAGCCUUCUUCAUCAUGAUGAUCACCCUCAUAUUGAUCGCCUAUGCAGCCAGUUCACUCUCUCUAGCGAUCGCAACGGGACAGAGCGUCUCAUCGGUUGCCAACCUCCUCAUCAACAUUUGCUUUGUUUUUAUGAUUCUUUUCUCUGGCUUGUUGGUAAAUAUCACGACCAUUUCUCCCUGGCUGCUGUGGCUGCAGUACUUCAGUAUCACUCGGUACGGGUUGAACGCUUUGCAAAUCAAUGAGUUCACUGGUCUGACGUUUUGCAAGGAUUCCACACAUGGGCUUAAUGUGACCUGUCUCACUCCUAAAGAAUAUCUGAGGAUACAAGGCAUCAGCAUAACUCCUUGGGGCAUCUGGCAGAACUACGUGGCUCUCCUAUGCAUGACAGUCAUUUUCCUCGCCAUUGCCUACACAAAGUUGAGACUUCUAAAAAAAUAUACUUGA